CGCUAAUUGAACAUACUCCAUUCAAAUAGACACUUUAACUUGUAAAAACAUGGACUACAACAUAGAUUUAAAAGAUUGUGGCAAAAUAUUAAAAAACCAAACACAAUAUCUUCUGAGAUGUGGUGAUUGUAAUGGUGAUUUCUAUAACUUCGAGGAUUUUGUAAUUCAUCACUCUGAGCGGCAUUCGUUGCAAGAUAAGAACGAUGAAAGGCCAGGCAAAGACGAUGACGAAUGUGAGAUCAAAUAUUCCAAGCAGGAGCAUUUCAUUCCACAACAUAAUGAAGAAGAGGUGAUUACUAUGCGUACUCGUCAGAUGACGAAACAACAAUGUACCGAGGAUGUCUUUAAAGGGAUUGAUGAUACUAAAAGUAACGAUGAUAAGGAGUUCUUGAAGAUUGAACCGAUGAUGUUUGUAGAAGUUGAACAAGCAAAAGAGGACGAAAGUGAUGAAUCGGAUGAAGAUGAAAAUGAAGAUGAUGAAAAUGAGUUUAAAGGCGAGGACAUAAAAUGCAAAAAAUUUGUUUCCGAAUUUCUAGCGUCUGAAGAAAACUAUAUUACUUUUAUAGAGGCGUACAAAAAACAACCUCAGUUAUGGAACUAUAAACUCUAUCCCGUUUUAUGUACCCAAAAAGAUCGGGCAAUUUAUUUCAUUGAAAUUGAAAAGGAAAUACAGGAACGAUUAAAUGUACAAAUGUCACACGAAUAUGUUCGUGCAACAAUUAGUAGUAUUCGAAUUAGGUACCGAGAAAAAUCGAAAAAAUUGGCAGCCCGCAAAGAGAAGAAAGGGGAGAGCUCAGUGUUAAAAUCUGUACCUACAUGGUAUUUUGAAAAAUUGCAAUUUUUAGAACCCUUUCUAAGCAAGGAAUCCAUUUUUAAACUAGAUCCAGAACUGCCAGAUAUGACGCAAGAGCAAGUAAUAAAAAUAAUUCAUAUGUACAAAAAGUUACCGAAUUUGUGGAACACAAACCUAUUAGAGAUAUAUUGCAAAAAUAAACGAGAAGAAUGCUUAAAGCAAUUGGCGAAGGAGAUACACGCGGAAGUCGGUUUGGAAGUCAGUGAAUUUUCUUUGCAAAGAUAUUUAAAUGAAUUGCAAAAAAGUUUCUACAACGAAAAGGCUGAAGUGCUUCGAAAUAAAGCGGACCCCCAAACAACACAAUCUGUUUACUAUAAAGAAAUGGCUUUCCUUGAUGACCAUGUGGGACCUUUUAAAUGCUCUCAGUGCGCUUGUAAAUAUCGAGGUCCGCUUCAAUUGAAAGUACAUACAUUUCAAAAGCAUAACGGUAAACGCUUGUCGUGUCCUGAAUGUGGCAAGGAGUAUGAACUGUUAGUACCAUACAUAACGCAUGCCAGGCGUCAUAUGAACGACAUGAGUGUAAAAUGUCCUCAAUGCGAUAAAAUGUUUUUAAGGCAAGGAUAUAUGAAGGUACAUUUGCGAACCCAUACCGGAGAUCGACCUUAUUCCUGUGAAAUAUGUGGUGCUUCAUUUUCGAAUGCGACUGCCAUACGCGAGCAUAGAGAGAGACAUAGCAAAGAAUUUCAAUUUUUUUGUCCGAUUUGCUCCAAAGGCUUUUACAGCAAGAAAAAUAUGAAAAAACACAUCCUUAUACACUCAGAUGUAAAGAAAUAUCCUUGCAAUAUUUGCGGAAAAGCCUUUAGAACCAGAAUUGCUAUGAGGAGUCAUGAAACCAGUCACGAAAAAGGUCGUAAAUAUCCAUGUCCAAAGUGUGGUAAUAUGUACAAGAAUGAAAACAGUGUAGCUCAGCACAUAAGAAAAUCACAUCGAGAACUUGUUAAAACUAAUCCGUUUAUCAAUGACCAUGUAGAAGAGGCAGAAAUGUGCCAUGAAACCAAAUUUAAUAUCCAAUGCCUGUUUGAGGUGCAUACAGCUGUUUCCUAUAAACACAAUUUUGUAAACAAACUCACUGAACCAACAACCUCUUAUAAAGCCAUGGACUACAAUUUGGACCUGAGAAAUUGUGGAAAAAUAUUAAGAACUCCAACCCAAUAUCUUCUGCGAUGUGGCGAUUGCAAUGAAGAUUUCUAUAUCUUUGGGGACUUUAUAACACAUCAUUCCAAGCUCCAUUGUUUGCAGGAUAAGGACGUUGAUAGUCCAGACGAAGAUGAUGCCGAAGACUAUUUGGAUGAAUGUGAGAUCGAAUACUGCAGUGAACUGAAUGACAUUCCUGAACAUGAUGCAGAUGAAAUGAUUGGUACUCAAAGCCGUCAUAGAAUGAAACAACAAUGCACCAAAGACAUUUUUCAAGAAAUUGCCGACGGCGAAAGCAUUCAUGACGAGGAGUUCGUGAAUAUUGAGCCCAUGCCUUUUAUGGAAGAUGAAAAAGCCAAGGAGAACGAUAGUGCUGAAUAUUUUGAAUCUGAUGAAGAUGGGUUCAAAGACGAGGACAUUAAAUGCAGAAAAUUCGUUUCCGAAUUUCUAGAUUCCGAAGAAAACUAUCUUGCUUUUAUAGACGCCUAUGAAAAUCAACCCCGCUUAUGGAACUAUAAACUCUAUCCCGUUUUAUGUACAAAACAAGAUCGAGCUGUAUAUUUCGCCGAAAUUGCAGAAGAAAUACAUAAUCGACUGAAUAUACAAAUGUCGGAAGAUUACGUUCGUGCUAUAAUUUAUCGUAUUCGAACUAAGUACCGGGAAAAAUCGAAAAAAUUAGCAGACCGCAAAGAACGAGAAGGAGGGAGUCCAAAGUUAGCAACCGUACCUACAUGGUAUUUUCAAAAAUUGCAAUUUUUAGAGCCCUUCCUAAGCAAGGAGUCAAUCUUUAAAUUGGAUCCAAAACUUCCAAAUAUGACACAGGAGCAAGUGAUAGAAUUAAUUCAUAUGUACGAAAUGUUUCCGAAUUUAUGGAACACAAACCUAUUGGAGAAUGUUUGCAAAAAUAAACGAGAUGAAUCUUUAAAGCAGCUGGCGGCUGUGAUACAUUCAGAGACUGGUUUAGAGGUCAGUGAAUUUUCUUUACAACGAUACUUAAAUGAAUUACAAAAAUGCUUCUACAACGAAAAGGCUAAAAUGUUGCGAAGAAAAGUGGACUCACAAAUCAAUUCAUCUAUUUACUAUAAGGAAAUGUUCUUCCUGUAUGACCACGUGGGACCAUUUAAAUGUCCUCAAUGCCCUAGUAAAUAUCGAGGCCCACUGCUAUUAAAAGUGCAUAAAACACAAAAGCAUAACGGUGAUCGUUUGUCAUGUCCCCAAUGUGGCAAGCAAUAUGAGCAGUUGGAACCGUAUAUAACGCAUGCCAGGCGGCACAUGAACGACUUGAAUGUGGAAUGUCCUCAAUGUGAUAAAAUGUUUUUAAGAAAAGCAGAUAUGAGAAUACAUUUGCGAACCCACACCGGAGAUCGGCCUUAUUCCUGUGAAAUAUGUGGUGCUACAUUUUCGAAUCCGACUGCUAUACGAGAGCAUAGAGAGAGACAUAUCAAAGAAAUAAAAUUCCAUUGUCCGAAAAUAGCAAUGGAAAAAUAUGCGGACUAUUUGAGAUGUGGGGAGAUAUACAAAUCUCCCUCGCAUUCGAAUAAAACUCCAUAUAUUUUAAAAUGCUAUCAGUGUGCUGACAUAUUCCUAUUGCUGGAGUCGUUCAUAUUUCAUAUCGAGGAUUAUUGCAAUGCAGACCAACAAAAUGAUGCAGUCACUGUUGUCAUAGAUGAACAGCAAGAGCCAAAGGAAGAUAUUGAAAAUAUUGAAGAAUGUGAUGAUGCUUCGGUCAUGGUAAAGAACGAACCUAUCAAAGACAUUGAGUAUGAGGAAAUCGUUAUGGUAGAGGAUAGUGGGAAUGUAUCUGUUACGCCAGAGGGAGGAUCAAGUACAGAUGAUGCCGAUGAGGGAUGCGAAGGUUUCGUGGUCUAUGAGAUAGUGGAUAUAAGUGAUGCUGAGAAUGACAGUAAAAAACCCGCCGAUAAUCCUGUACCAUCUUUCGUUUCAAAAUUCAUGGAAUCACGUACAAAUGUCAUCGAACUAAUAGCAAUGUAUAAGAGAUUCUAUUUGAAUAGUGGAUCAGCAAUAAGCACAGGAUUAAAAUUGGAACCGCAUGAUUUAGAAAAGCUAACUGUAAACUUCAAUGCCAAGCGUCGUUUGAAUCUUACUUCGUCACAAAUUGGUGCCAUCAUUUAUCAUUUGCACCAUGAAUACAGCCAAUAUCUAAAGGAUACAAACGAUAACAAAGGAUCGGAUACUACUAGUAAGCCUUCUUGGUAUUUUCAGUUUUUGAAUUUUUUAGACACGACCAAAGAGAAAAGCUUAUAUGAAAUCGAAGACUAUCCUACGAAGUUGUCUAAAGACAUAAUUCUAAAAAUUCUAGAUAUAUAUAAGGACUUUCCUCAGUUAUGGGACACAGAAUUAGUCGAAUAUUGUUGCAAUAAUAAACGACGUGAAGCUCUUGAGGCAAUGUUGGAAGCUCUUAAAGCGAAAAUAGCCUUAAAACUGAAUCUGAACUCACUGAAAAAGUAUUUGCAAUCCAUUCAUAGCUUUUACCAGAAAGAAAAGAAAAAUCAUAUGAGCGGCACGGAAUUCACACUGCCGUCGUCAGAGAUAUCCCAUAAAGAUAUGGAAUUUCUCUCAGCUCAUGUGGGUCCCUUUCAAUGUCCAUAUUGUGAUGUCGAAAUAAAAUGCCCUUUCUCAUUGAAAAUACAUAAAUUUAGUUCCCAUGGUGGAUGCAUACCUUUUAACUGUUCCCUGUGUCGCAAGCAAUUCCGUACUUCAAACCUGUACAUAUAUCACGCCAAAUGGCAUAUGAAUGACUUAACUAUUGAGUGUAAGCUAUGCAAUAAAAAGUUUAUUAACGCAUCCGAACUGAAAACACAUAUGGUUUCCCAUAACCAGCAGAAGAGUUUCAAAUCACUGCAACCUGAUCUCAAGUCCACAAAUAUGUCAACAACUGACGUCGCUAAUAAGAGAUUUAAAACGACACCAGUAAAAAACACCAAUUCAAUAACGCUCAGAGGAUUUCAUAAAUGUUCAGAAUGUGGAAUAGCAUUUAGGAUGAGUAAAAGUCUCCACAAUCAUAUGCAACUUCAUAGGAAAAUGUGAAGACGUAGAAUUUUUAAUUAUCAAGAUAUUGUUAGAUAUAAUUGUAAAUUAAUAAACAAUGUUAAUAUAAAUCUGAAAUUAUAUUUUAAAAGAUA